AUGGGGAUCGUGGAUAUGAAUUACCUCAGCCUCGCUUCGAUAAUCCUCACUUUCUGCGCUGCCUACACCAUAUCCCUGGUUAUCUAUCGCCUGGUGUUAUCUCCUCUGGCCAAUUUUCCUGGACCAAAGUUGGCGGCGGCCACGACCUGGUACGAAACGUUUUAUGAUGUCUUUCUCAACGGUCGUUUCCUCUGGGAAAUCGAGCGCAUGCACCAGGAAUAUGGACCCGUUGUCCGAAUCAAUCCUCACGAGAUCCAUAUUCACGACGUGAAAUACUACACGACCAUCUAUGCGGGGCCAACCAAGAAACGCAGUAAAUACCCGUGGUUCCUCUCCGUGGGCGUGCCGCACUCCACCUUUUCCACUGCUGAGUACCAUGGACACCGAACACGGAGAGCGGCGUUAGCCCCCCUUUUGACGAAGCAGGCCGUCCGAGGCUAUGAGCCUGUCAUCCAGGAGAAGUUGAGUUAUCUCUGUAGGCAUUUGGAUCAAGCAAUAUGCUCCGAUGCAGUGGUUGAGCUCCAUAUGUGUUUUCUGUCUUUUGCGGUAGAUGUGGUGUCGCACAUCGUGUUUGGCAGUUUCAUGUGUUUCGACCUUCUCAAAUCACAAUCACUGGACUCUAGGUGGAAAGCAGGAAUCAAAGGCCCCUUUGCGCGAUUUUUGCUAACGAGACAUUUCCCGUUCGCGAUGACUCUCUACCGUUUCUCUCCGUUAUGGUUGUCCGGCCUGGUUGAUCCCGUGUGCAAAGAUGGCGCAUUUAUCGAGAAUGUGAGCGGUCCAUUGAAUCUAGAUGUCUAUCUUGAAGCCCCAACGCCAGAGAUUGAAAAGAGAUUCACUCGGUUUUUCCACGACUGCGAGAGUGAGGUCAAUGAUCGGCCGAGCAAUACCGGUAUUCUACGGGACCUGUUAGAGAAUAGUGCAGGUAUCCCAGAACGACAACGCCGUCUGAGAGCCCUUGAUGAUGUCAAGUUUCUCAUGAUAGCCGGCACCGAUGCUCCCUCACAAGUCCUCGCUAUCACCGUCUUUCACAUCUUACGCAACGAUUCCUGCUGCCAUAAAUUGCAGAAAGAGCUGGACGAUGCCUUGCCCAAUCCCUAUUACAAUCCACCACUUAAGAUGCUCGAGGCGCUUCCCUUUCUGUCGGCAAUCAUCAGAGAAGGUCUCCGAAUUUCUUCAGUUGUCACAUCGCGACUCCCUCGGAUCGCACCGACAGAGGUCCUGACGUAUGAAGGGUGGUCCAUCCCGCCAGGUAUACCUGUCAGCAUGUCGACCUACCUAAUCCAUAAUGACCCUGUUAUCUUUCCCGAACCCUCCAAAUUCCAACCCGAGAGAUGGAUGCCAGACAGCAACGGCGCCUGUCUUUACAACGGCCCGAUGCCGUUCUCUAAAGGCAGCCAGGCGUGCCUGGGACCGAGUAUGACCUAUUGCUGGUGCUAUCUAGCGCUUGCGACGAUGUUUCGUCGUUAUGACAUGAUACUCUUCGAAACGAGUGAGGAGAAUGUGAAGACGAUGAGGGACUGCUUCAACGCGCAGACCAAGCCUGGAUACGACCGUAUUCAAAUCAAGGUUUUGGGCAGGCGGAAAUGA